GUAAAGAGUUUAUGUGGGUGGAUGGUGUGGUUAUGCUGACGAAUUCGCUUUAUGAUAGAGAAAAGAAGCAAAAUCUGCCACCUUUGUAUAGUUUUCAAGAAUUACAAAAGGAAAUAGAAGACAAGAAUCAUCAGCUAAAGAUGUUGAUAUUUUUAAAUUCUAUGAGAACAGCUCAUGAAGCAAUUGAUGCAUUCGCAUUAGCCAGAGUUACGAUUACAUCUCAUCACAUGGAUCGAAAGAAGGCUGAUAUUGCAGAAUUACACGAUGAUUUUGUUGAUG